UUCCCAGACAUCGCCCCUCACGCUAUCCACCCCCCCUCGUUACCCACCCCAUUACUCCCUUUUGUUUGUUAGGUGUAUACACACAAACACAGAUAUAGAGCGAAACAGAGACUCACUCUCUGUACGUACUUACCUAUACAUACAAAAACACACCUUCAAUUCGGCGAUCGAUAAUCGUUACUCCGAUUCCGACGUAACUCUCACAUUCUAUUACUCAACACCAGUAAGUCUCCCUUAUCUCUUUCUAUUUGUAUAGAGGCUAUUAUAUCUGUUCAAUUGGAGAUACUGAGAUAGGAUUUCCGUAAAUAUAGAUAUAUACAUAUUUAUAGGUUUUUAGGCGCAUGAGAUAUAUUAUAUGUAUAUGCAUACGAUUGAAUUGCUAUAGAACAAAUUAAUGGUGCAUAAGAAGCGAACCGUCGCUCCUCGUUCCAAACCCUCGGCUGCGCCGGUGGCGGUUCUACCUGUACCCGACGAUGCGGAAAUUGAGCUGCUUGAAUCGGACCUAAACCUAGUCUCGGUAAGUCCAGCAGUUCGGAAGAAGCCGUCGAGCAAGAAGGAUGCUUCGGCGGUUGCUGAAGGUGAGAAGAAUGCCUUCUCAGCUUCUUAUGCUUCAAUUAAGCUUGAAUGCGAGCGUGCCCUAACAUCCCUGCGUCGGGGAAACCAUACAAAAGCCCUAAGAUUGAUGAAGGAGCUGUCCAGCAAGCAUGACAACUCGCCUUACACGGCUCUGAUUCAUCGUGUCCAGGGCACUGUUUGUGUUAAAGUGGCUUCCGUGAUUGAUGACCCCAAUGCUAAACAUAGGCAUUUGAAGAAUGCUAUUGAGAGUGCUAGGAAAGCAGUAUCAAUGUCUCCGAACUCAAUCGAGUUUGCGCAUUUCUAUGCUAAUUUGUUAUAUGAGGCCGCAAAUGAGGGGAAGGAAUAUGAGGAAGUUGUACAGGAGUGUGAAAGGGCAUUGGCAAUUGAGAACCCCGUAGAUCCUGCAAAAGAGAGCUUACAGGAGGAGAGCCAACAGAAGGUUGAGACACCUCAUGCUCGGAUUGAGCAUGUACAGAAUGAGCUCCGAGGUUUAAUUCAGAAGUCAAACAUUGCUUCCAUAUCUACUUGGAUGAAGCAUAUAGGCAAUGGUGAGGAAAAAUUCAGGUUGAUCCCGAUUAGGAGGGUGUCCGAGGACCCAAUGGAGCUGAGGUUGGUUCAAGCAAGAAGGCCAAAUGAGAUUAAAAAGGCGACUAAGACACCGGAAGAGAGGAGGAAGGAGAUUGAAGUCCGGGUGGCUGCUGCAAGGCUGUUGCAACAGAAGUCUGAAACUGUCGAGACAGACAAUGAUGUAGAUAAAGCUUCGGAUCUGACAACAGGAUCAGGGCAGAGAAUUAGUGAGAGGAGGAAGAGCAGUAAUGCAAGGAAAAAUGCGUCUUCCACAGAGAGAGAGAAUUGGGUGCAGUCAUAUUGGAACUCCAUGACUUUGGACUGGAAGAAAGAGUUGCUUAGAAUUACAAUUUCAGAUCUCAAGGCUCAUUUAAAUGCAUCAAAAGACGGAUUGGCUAAUGAAGUGCUAUCUGAGGCUCUAUCAUUUGCUGAAACCAAUAAAGAUUGGAAGUUUUGGGCAUGUUGCCGCUGUGGUGAAAAAUUUGUCGACUCUGAAUCGCACAACCAUCAUGUUGUGCAUGAGCACAUUGGAACUUUGCUGCCUAAAUUGCAGUCUGUUUUGCCUCAGAAUGUGGAGAACGAGUGGGCAGAGAUGCUUCUGAAUUGUCCUUGGAAACCGUUAGAUGUUAGUGCGGCAGCAAAGAUGCUUGAUGAACAAUCAAGAUCUCAAGAACAUGGUUUUCUUGAUGAGACACACCCAAGAGAUAACACAGAAGAGUCUAAGGAUGACUUUUCUGAUGUUUUCUGUAACGAAGACGAAUGGGAUUCGUCACCUAGAAAGAAAAAAUUAGGGGAUAGAACAAACGGAUAUAGGGUUGAGAGCAGAGAAUAUGAUAAAAAAUCAGACAUUGAGUUGAUGGAUUGCGAUGGAAACAAUGGUACUAAGAAUUGUUUCCUUCCUGACAAGUGGCCACUAUCUGAUGAUCCCGACCGAGCAAAGCUUCUUGAAAGAAUUCAUGCUAUAUUCCAGACUCUUAUUGGAAAUAAAUAUCUUGCUUCAAGUCACCUCAGCAAGGUUGUUCAUUUUGCAGUGGAAGAGCUUCAGGGUCUUGCUUUUGGCUCUCAACUUCUUAACUACAAUGUUGAUCAAACUCCCUUAUGCAUCUGCUUUCUGGAUGCCCAAGAAUUAAAAAAGGUGCUAAAGUUUCUGCAAGAGCUUUCUCAUUGUUGUGGCUUAGGUAGGUAUUCUGAGAAAAUUAGUGCUAGUGAUGGAGCAAGCAAUGCUAGUCAAGGAUUUGACGACCUGGAGAAAGUAGUUUUCAGUGAAGAUGGUUCAUGUUUAUUGUUUGAUGAGCAUUUCCUGCCUUGCAAAGUUACUCCCAGUUCAUGUCCAGAUACAGUUUCUAUUGACAGAGCUGCAUAUGUUUUGUCUAGUAAUCAGCACCAGAAUGGAGCUGAACUUGAUUCCGCUGCAUUGUUGUCCUGGAUAUUCACCGGUCCUUCAAGUCUGGAACAACUGGCAUCCUGGGUACGUGCAAGAGAAGAGAAAGCACAACAAGGUAUGGAAAUUCUUCGCUUUCUUGAGAAGGAGUUUUAUGACCUCCAGGGUUUAUGUGAGAGAAAAUAUGAGCAUUUAAGUUACGAGGAAGCACUGCAGGCAGUGGAAGAUCUUUGUUCAGAAGAGGGUAGGAAAAGAGAACAUGCAAUAGAAUUUGUCCGACGAAGUUAUGAUUCUGUCUUGCGGAAGCGGCGAGAAGAGCUCAUAGAAAGUGAAAAUGAAGUUACGUUUAUCGGCAGUAGGUUUGAGUUGGAUGCUAUAUCAAAUGUUCUGAAGGAAGCAGAGUCUCUCAAUGGCAGUCGGUUUGGUUUUGAGGAAACUUACAUUGGUGGAACAUCUCACUUAUGUGACCUCGAAUCUGGUGAAGAGGAAGACUGGAGACUGAAGGACUACCUUCAUCAGGUGGACUCUUGUGUGGAAGUUGCACUACAGAGACAGAAGGAACAUGUCUCCAUUGAGCUGAGUAAGAUAGACGCUCGGAUCAUGCGAGUGGUUGCCGGGAUGCAGCGGCUGAAAGUAAAGCUUGAGCAUGCAUCUGCUCAGGAUUAUCGGAGGAUUUUAGUGACACUGUUGAAAUCAUUUAUGCGGGCAAAUUUGGAGGAUCUGGCUGAGAAGGAUGCUACCGAGAAAUCUGAUGCUGCGAGGGAAGCUUUUCUGGCUGAACUUGAUCGUGAUUCUAAAAACAGUUCCAUCGGAGGCAAUGGUUAUUCUAAACAUACACAUGACAAAAUUAAGGAUAAGAAAAAGAAUAAAGAAUAUCGGAAAACCAAGGAUUCAAAGCCUCCUAGUGGUAAUGAACUGCAUUUGCUUCGCCAUCAGACUAUGGCAGAUGGCUCAUUUGCAGUUACUCAUGAUGGAGAAGAUCAAGGUGAUGAAACUGUUGGAAAUGGUGAUUCCUUGGAUGAACAGGAGUAUAGACGUAGAAUUGAACUUGAAGCAGAGGAAAGAAAGCUUGAAGAAACUUUGGAAUAUCAAAGACGAAUGGAGAAUGAGGCUAAACUGAAGCAUCUGGCCGAACAAAAUAAGAGAACCACAAAAGCAGUUUCAGGAAGUAUGGAUGCAAUUAUUAAGUCUGAUAUUUACAAGCACAGUGAUAAUGGUCAAGAAAUCAAUGAGCAAUGGAAGAGUACUAAGAAGAAGAAUGGAUUUCCGGACAGUUUAGAAGUCCCAAAGCACAGUGCUGAAGGAAUGACACAAAAUACUGGAGUGUCAAAUGAGGGAAUUCCAGAGGAUAGUACUCUGAUAUCUGCCCGACGCUCUGGAAGGAGAGGCAGACGUCAGAAAGAUUCUAAGCUUAUUGAUGGGAAGUUUCAGUCUGCUUCUGCCGAAAGGGAAAAUACUGAAGUUGGUGAACCAAGAGCUCUGGAUGCUUCACCUGAAAAUAACGGUUCAGCAAAUAGUGGAACAAAGACAUUGAGACAGCUACAUGUGGAGGAGGAUGAUGAAGAAAGGUUCCAAGCUGACCUUAAGAAGGCCGUUCGGCAAAGCCUUGACACUUUCCAUGCACAUGAGAAGCUGCCCUUGCUGCCAAGUUUAGGAGAUGGACAUAUUUUGCUCCCCAAUGCUGGGAAUUUGAGCAAUGAAAAGAGUACUGGAGAUGUAAUUGUAAUGGAUUUAUAUGGCACUGGGCUAAAGAAUGAAGUUGGGGAAUACAAUUGCUUUCUAAAUGUCAUCAUACAGUCAUUGUGGCAUCUAAGACGAUUUCGAGAUGAAUUUCUGAGAACAGCAUCCGAACAUGUUCAUGUUGGUGAUCCAUGUGUGAUAUGUGCUUUAUAUGACAUAUUUACUGCUUUGAGCACCGCUUCAACUGAAAUAUGCAGAAAGACAGUUGCUCCUUCUUCUCUGAGAAUUGCCCUCAGCAACCUGUAUCCUGAUAGUAAUUUUUUCCAGGAGGGUCAGAUGAAUGAUGCAUCUGAAGUGCUGGGUGUAAUAUUUGAUUGCCUACAUCGGUCGUUUACAUCAGCUUCAGGUGUGUCUGAUACUGAAUCUGCAGAUAGUAGCUGCAUGGGCAUGUGGGAUUGUUCAAAUGGUGCUUGUGUUGUACAUUCUCUUUUCGGGAUGGAUAUUUUUGAACGAAUGAACUGCUACAAUUGUGGAUUGGAGUCUAGACAUCUGAAAUAUACAUCUUUCUUUCACAAUAUUAAUGCCAGUGCCCUCCGAACAAUGAAGGUUAUGUGUCCAGAAAGCUCCUUUGAUGAGCUUCUGAAUCUUGUUGAGAUGAACCAUCAGCUGGCUUGUGAUUCUGAGGUCGGUGGCUGUGGGAAGCUUAACUACAUCCAUCAUAUCCUCUCUACUCCACCGCAUGUGUUUACUAUAGUUUUGGGUUGGCAAAAUACUUGUGAGAAUGUAGAUGACAUAAAGGCAACAUUAUCAGCUCUAUCUACUGAGGUGGACAUUGGUGUACUUUACCGUGGCCUCGAUCCUAAAAACAAACAUCGCUUAAUUUCAGUGGUUUGCUACUAUGGGCAGCAUUAUCACUGCUUUGCCUACGGUCAUGAUCAUGGACGGUGGGUCAUGUAUGAUGACAAAACUGUGAAGGUAAUUGGCGGCUGGGAUGAUGUUCUUGUUAUGUGUGAAAGAGGGCAUUUGCAACCGCAGGUCCUCUUCUUUGAAGCUGUAAAUUAGGAUGACUUAGAAGAUGAUACCUCUCUUUUCAAUUAAACGGAAUUCAGCUUAUAAAAUAUGCCUGCGUAUACCGCACUGCAGAUGUGAAUCAGCAUGUUUUUCCAUUCAAGCGGCAAACUUAUUGAUCUUACCUUCACAUGCUGUUUUGACUGAGCUAAAAGCUGCAAAUUCUUAGUUCGAAAAUGUAGAUGCUGUACAAACCCAAGCUGUAGUAGCAUACAGUCAAGUUUUGUUGUGAUGAAAAGACUAUAGGAGUCAUCGGCAUGCGGGUACCAAUUUGAAAACUCUGUUUCAUCAUUGGUACACGUCAGAUCAUAGGAAAGCAAGAGCAGGUACCGAUGCCCUUGAUACCUGGAUACUGUCGGUAGGAGCAUGUUUUUGCAUCUGCCAGCUCUCUAAAUUUUUGGAAAUCCUUACAAUAAGGUGGCAUGAUGCAUUUGCUACCAGUUGCCUGUCCUGGAGAGAUGUCUGGAUUUCUACUUCCAAAUGGCAGCAAAGUACCUUUUACAUGAUAUUUGCUUCUGUACACAGGAAAUGCUAGGAAAUUUGCAUCUUAAUGCCUUUCAAUGUAAGGAAGUUGUGUAUAAUGGUCGUAUGUUUUUAGUGAUGCAGUUUAUAGUAGGUGCUUCCCACCCCUCUCACUUCAGGGGGGAGUAAAUUUUGAGUGCUCUAGAAUUGAUGGGAAUUUUGUAUAUGACAGAUGAUGACGAGAAUGAAAAGAAAGAAAAAUUGCUCAUUGUUUGUGAAGCAGGAAAACACCUUGCUGACUAC